UGAGGACACAACUAAAUAGCCAGAAGUCAUUUCCAUGUAUACUCUUCUCUGCUUCGUUCCUUCCUGGCAAUUUUGGUUGGCCCUUACUUGGAGCCAUCAAUUAUCGCUGAGACGUCUUUUACUUCCAAGGAUGAGAUUGGUUGUUCAAGUUUCUCAUGGAAAUAAACUAGUCCUCAGUCUUGUGAGAUAAUAUCUACCAGCCUUUUAAUUUCUCUGACCCUUAAUUUAUCAUAUUUCUGGACCCAUCAGGCCAUCAGCUUCCCUGUUCUUUUUUUAUGCUUUCAUUGUUGAAAAUAUCGGUCUUUUUGAGUUUUGAUCAAGGCCAUAUCACUAACCAAGUCUUCACUAUUUAAUUUCUUUUCCAAUCAUCUUUCUAUCUAAUAAAUGUUAAUUUAGGACUAAUGAUCAUUCAACUUAUAAUUAAUACAUUCUGAAUUUUCAAUUGACCAUGUUACUUGUUCUUAACUAAUUCAGUGAAGACAUAUGCCUGUAACGUCAUCUGUAUGCUUCCCUUGAAGAGAGAAAUUAAUUGUAAAUAGUAAUGAUAUAAAUAUGUAACCACUAAGCCCUGUUAGGAGUAUUGGUUUAAUGAUUAUUGUUAAUGCGAUUUAAUGUUACAGUUGGGGUCACUCCCUCUUCUGUCCUUUGAAACCCUGACUUUAGCGAACCUUAAAAAAUCAAGUUGCAUGGAGGCUAAGUUGUAAGUACUUUGUAGGGUAUUUACUUUGAAUGUGAUUGGUUUAUUUCUUACUCUUGAACUUCUUUUAUUUUCUGGGAGGGGUUUAGUAUUCUUGGAAUCUGUAUCAAAAUUGUGCAAAUUGACACUUGAUUCUCGACAAUUUAGUGAUUUGUAAUUUGUUUGCCCUUCUUCUUCUUAAAAUGUUAUCUUCAUGUCCUUUCUAUCAUCUUCCAAAAGUGAGCAAUGUGCUCUCGUCAUCGCGUUCAUCAAACCUUCCUCUUCCUUUGUGUAAAAUCCCAGGUGGUCAUGGUCUACCCUUUUUUGGACCCAUGAAGGAUCGUUGGGACUUCUUUUAUGCUCAAGGACGAGAAGAAUAUUUCAGGUCUCGCAUGGAAAAAUACAACUCCACUGUUUUUCGAGCUAACUUGCCUCCUGGCCCGUGGAUAUCCUCUGACCCACGGGUUGUCGUUCUUCUUGAUGCUAAUAGCUUUCCAGUCCUCUUUGACAAUUCCAAGGUUGAUAAACGUGAUGUUUUUGCUGGAACCUACAUGCCUUCCACUACCUUCACUGGUGGUUUUCGUACGUGCCCGUACUUGGACCCUAGUGAGCCUGAGCAUGGCUCUUUGAAAGCCUUGUUUUUAUCUGUCCUCACCUCUCAUCAUGAGGAAAUUAUUCCUUUGUUUCAGCGUUGUUUGAAAGGCUUGUUUCAUGGCCUUGAGGCUCAGCUAAAAAGAACAGGUCAGGCUGAAUUUGGGCCGUCCAAUGAUGCUUUAUCGCUGGAGUUUUUUUUCAGGCUUCUUUGUGAUGGAAAAAGUCCUUUAGAAACAAAAAUAGAGUCUAAGGGACCUUAUAUGCUCAAGAAGUGGAUAUUUUGUCAAGUAGCCCCUAUGAUAACAUUAGAAUUACCCAAAUUCUUACACCCAAUUGAAGAUUUUAUGUUGCAUUCUUUUAGAAUACCUUUUAAAUUGGUGCAAAGUGAUUACUAUAAGUUGUAUGAUGCAUUCUCCUCUUCAGCUAAGUCAUUCUUGGACAAAGCGGAGAGCUUUGGUUUAAGCAGAGAAGAGGCGUGCCAUAACUUAGUAUGUGUAGUUGGUUUUAAUUCAUUUGGGAUUUCAAAGUGGUUUCCAUCCUUGAUGACAUGGGUUGCAUGUGGUGGAAAGAGCUUACACCGAGAGUUGGCUGAGGAGAUUAGAAGUGUCGUAAGGUCUGAGGGUGGGAUCACUUUCAAUGCCAUCAAUAAGAUGGCAUUGACCAAGUCAGUGGUUUAUGAGGCUCUAAGGAUUGAACCUCCCACACCAUUUCAGUUUGGGAAGGCCAAGGAAGAUUUUGUGAUCCAGAGCCAUGACUCUACCUUUUCAAUCCUAAAAGGGGAAUUAAUCUUAGGAUAUCAACCAUUUGCUAUGAAAGAUCCUAAUAUCUUUGACGAUCCCGAGAAGUUUAUAGCAAAUAGAUUCGUCGGAGAAGGAGAAAAACUGUUGAAGUAUGUGUUCUGGUCAAAUGGGAGGGGGAUUGAUGAACCAACUGUGCAUAAUAAGCAAUGCCCAGCUAAGAAUCUGGUGGAGCUCAUUUCUAGAGUUUUGUUGAUAGAAUUCUUCUUGCGGUAUGACACAUUUACUGCUAAAGUUGGAAACCUGUCUAAUCCCAAUGUGACUUUCUUGACCUUAAAGAAAGCCUCCCGUACUUGAUGUUGGGAAAAACAUAUUCAGAUAAAUUUAUGUUGUUUCACCUCAAUCACUUUGUUGUGUGUUGGAUUGUAGUUGAGUGUUGAUUAACUCUUUUCUUUGAUUGUGCUUUUAUGGUAAUAUUCUUCAUAA